UUCUUUGCCUUUGGAUUUGUGACCACCCAAUAUGGCUAAAGGUUUGAGCUGCAAAUUCCGGCUUGAUGUACUGUGUACGGUACUUAGGUUUGACCAAUGCACAUGUCAUGUCACCUGCACCCGGGCAACAAUCGGUCCUAGAUCUUAUCAAACUGCGGUAAAUAUUGCUCAUCAAGAAAAAAACUGAAGUAAAUAAUGCAGUUCAGCAUAGUUUCCAUCGAUGGCCAUCAGCCAAAGCCUGGGUUCUUUGUUACUUAUCGUGAAGAAAAUGAUCCUCCUCUCAGUUUAAAUGUCUAGAAGUCAUGAAUUCUUUUACUCCUUGUUCAGCAUACUAGUGGUGAAACUUCAGAUGAAUACCUCGUUCUGGUCUUCUUGCUGCCCAAAUUUCAACCCCGACUUCGCGAUAAGUCGAAAAUAGUGGUCCAUUUUUUCUUAUUUCAUUGGUACUUCCGUGCCUUUCAGGUAUAAUGUGUUGAAUGUUGUCGAAGCACUUUUUUAGUGCUUUUGCCUCUUUAAGUUUCGGUUGGGCCAAUCAGAUUUGGAAUGUAUUCUGGUUUGUAAAUCCCGUGAUCAAAGAAGGGAAGAAAUCAACAUCCGUUGUUGUGAAAUUGAACUCAGGUUCCAACAAAGAGACUCUGCUAUGGUGUAGCAUUUUCGCCUAGAUCACAGCUACCCUUGAACCCGCAACUUUAUCUCAACAUCCUCUCUGUGUGAAGUUUAUUCAGAGUAACAAGCUAAGCUUAGCUCCCCCAAUCAACCUCUGCAAGCUCUCUGCCAGCAUUCACUUACCCCUGAAAAUGCUAACGAGAGAGCGCUACUUAACUGUAUACUCAUUCUACAUUCCUUGUACGUAGCACACAGAUUUCACCGAUCAGAGUCUUGGCUGUUACCGUGCAGAAAAGGGGUCCUCUUCGUCCAUCUCAGUUCCGUGAAAUCGAUUUCGGAUGGUGAAAGUUGAGUGACUAUACAGGAGUAAAAUGUCAUUGACCCUUCCUCCAGUUGAAGUUGCAGGAAUGUGUAACUUUUAGUGGUCCUGACGUUUCUUCCCAUUAAUAUCAAUGUCAUUUUUCCAUUAUCUAGGAAGUAAGUUGUAUAGGCCCCUACCCUUCAAUCAUUAAAUUUUGUGAAGCCGAAACCUACUUUAACAGUUUUUUUUAAUAAGUCAAGCUAACAUGAGAGCCACCUCAAGUAAUAGUUUCUCGUAUCCUUUAUAUCUUGGCUCCAAGCUGAUGGGCCACUGGAUUAUGUUAACAAGGCUCUUCCAUUGUUAAGUUUCUUUCAGGAGACCUCUCAAGCUGUUUCUACUUUAGGAUCCUCAUGGCCUUUUGAAUAAUAUCAAUCUUGUUGAUUCCGUAUUUUCUGGAGCUCUCAAAUCUAUCCUUUGCAUCCUUUUUGUUCUCUUCUGUCAUCCUUUUCCUCUUGUAGUUUUCCACUUAGAAAGUCAUUUUCUGCUCUGUUUUGCUGUGCUUUUGCGCGGAACUCUUUCCCCAAUAAGAGCUGAAUGGCUAUGAUUACCUUGACACCAUCUUUCAACCCCAAUCACCCACAACUAUAUUCCCUGGAAGACAGCACCAGCAGCAACAACCUCCGAGAUGCGUCUUUUUCUUCGUAUCUGAACAACACAGAGGAGAGCUUCAUCCACAAGCUAGCUCAGACCAGUGGUCAAAGCCUCAAUUUCAAGAACUUCCAUCAGGAGGAGCAUCUUUAUAAGGAGGAGGAUGGAGAAAUUGGAGUGUUUGGAGCUGAAAAAUACUUCAAUGGAGGGAUCGAUGAGGAGGAGGAGAGUCCAAGAAUUCCCAAAAUGGGUUCAGGGCAAUCCCAAUCCCAUUCGCAACAUGGCAAGAAGGAAGAUCCGCAACCUCAUGUCACGACGCAGCUGGUCAAACCGAAAUUCCAAUCCGCCACUCCAAGUGUCCGUUCAGAAUCGAGCUGGAACAGCCAGAGCGGAUUGCUUCAGAGCAUCCUGAGAAAUCCUUCGCAGCGCGGGACCAGCAAGACAAACAAUGGGAAGAGCUUCUUAGCUUCUCUUGGAUGCAAAUGCUCCUGCUCCGGUAAGAGCUCAGUUGACGUCGAUGACCGUGUUGGUGAGAUCAGUUUCAGCACGAACACUACUUCCAGUGCACUCCAAGCCAAGCCGAGCAAGAACAUGCCAAUCUUGGAUCCUUGGAUGAUCGAAGAGAUGCAAAAGAAAGAAAACCUGUUCACUCCAAGCUCUCUCAAGCAAGAACCUGGGAAUCUGCCAGUUAUAAAGACCCAUUUCCAGGAGGAGGAAGAGCUAAAGCCCAAGAAGUCACUGGAGGUUUUUGGGUCCCCGGUGUUCGAUAAAAGAAAGAACUUACUCACCUUAGAGAAGAGGCUCACAAUGUUGACGUGCGAUGGCACUAGUGCCAUUCCAAGAAAGGAGGGAUUUUCUGAAGUUUCCGCAAGCUCUAAUGGAGUCGGAGUUGGAGCCUACAACAGCAUGGACUGCGAGAGUGAUGCUAGUUCGGACUUGUUCGAGAUAGAGAGCCUCACAGGGAAAGUGAAUUCGUUUCUCACCAGGCAGGUCUCUGACGCAACCUCAGAUUGCAGAACCCCCACAACAAGGUAUGCGCCGAGCGAAGCCAGCAUUGAAUGGAGUGUCGUCACCGCGAGUGUUGCAGAUAUCUCGGUCAUGUCUGAUUAUUCAGAAGCCCCCACUACUAGCCCUGUGAGGACUGCUUUAACUGCCAACAAGGCUGGCAGGGGCAGAUCAGAUGUUCCCGGGUGGCGGCGUUCUAGUACUCUGUUGGGGUGUAAGAGUCAGAAAGCGGUACAAAUAGCGGGAGAUGCUUAUAGGACUAGUGACAGGUCGCCGCGUAUCCAUCGCAGUUCCGACGAGUCCGCUCAGGCAGCGAAGUUCCGGGCUGAGUCAAGGCUCAUGGGGAUCGAGUCCAAGAAUGGACAGCACAUGGACAGUGCCGCAUGUUUGGUUCCUGGCUCGCACGUCCCGAAUGGCCCGAAGCUCUUAUACAUUCAGUGAUCGGAGCAUCAGCAAUGUCGCGAGUUUCUUCAAUUUGCUAUGGAAUAGUAGUUAAAUUCGAGUCACAUGUGAUUUGGGGUCCAAGGUCUAAAAGUAAUUAUAGUAACUGGGCAUAUUCCAUUUUCAUGCAAUAAUUUUCUCUAGCAGCAGAUCUGAAACUUCAGAUGAUUGACAAUGUUGCUAUGACAUGUAUGGUGUUUUACCCACCUGUGAAGAACCUAUUCAGGAAUGAUUGCAGCAGCGAUCUUCCAUCAUGCAGUGGCAUGAUAUGAAAAAGUGGUGCUGCUUCACUUUGUAAUACUAAUGCCAUAAAGCAUGAGAGAUGAAUCAUGCGGGUGACAACUACUCCAAAUAUAUUUCCUGGCUUAUUAA